AUGAGUGAUUAUGCAUCAGUGCUUUCAUUUUAUAAAAAAGCAAUUGAAAUUCGACAUAAAUCUUUACCUCCUAAUCAUCAUUUUCUUAGUACUACUUAUAAUAAUAUUGGUGAACUUCAAAUGGAAAUAGACAAUUUUCCAGUUGCAUUAAAAUAUUUUGAAAAAGUUCUUCAAAUUCGAUUAAAAACUUGUUCGCCAUAUAAUUCAUCAUUAGCUAUUACAUAUAAUAAUAUUGGUCUUAUUCAUCGAGAAAUGGGAGAUUACUCUCAAGCUAUAUCAUUUUUUCAAAAAUCACUUGGAACAAAACAAAAAACAUUUACAUCAUAUCAUUCAUCCUUAGCUAUUACUUAUAAUAAUAUCGGUGAAAUCAAUCAAUUAAUGGGAGAAUUUUCUCAAGCACUUAUGUCCUAUCAAAAAGCAUUAGAAAUUCACGAAAAAACUUUUUCACUUAAUCAUUCUGAACUUGCUACUACAUACGAUAAUAUUGGUAUUACUCAUCAAUCAAUAGGAAAUUAUUCAAUUGCAUUGUCAUUCUAUCAAAAAGCAUUAAAAACUCGACAAAAAUCACUUUCUGCUAGUCAUCCAUCAGUUUCUACUUCCUAUAAUAGCAUUGAACAUCUUUAUCAAUCAAUGGGAGAUUAUAACAUAGCACUUGAAUACUAUCAAAAAACACAAAAACUUCAAGAGAAAUCUUUAGAUCCAAAUCAUCCAUCAUUAGCUGCCACGUAA